GGAAAGUCCCGAAAGCAUGUCCCCAAAAACAAAGUAAAAAGCCCCAGCCCUAGCCACCGCCCUAGAAGAUUUUAUAUUCAUCGUCGAAAUUACUGUUCGACGCUCAAAAGCUUCUCUUUUUCCGGGGAAUUUUAUAUGGUUAGUUUGUUUUAGUAUCGAUGGCAAACAGACCAGACCCAGAUAUCGAUGAUGAUUUCAGUGAAAUUUACAAGGAGUACACUGGCCCGCUAGGGUCCGCAGUUUCCAAGGCAGAAGAUAGGGUGAAAGAGAAUAAACGUUCUCAUGCUGCUUCAAAUGAGGAAGAGGAACAGCGUGACCCCAAUGCUGUCCCCACUGACUUCACAAGCCGGGAAGCCAAGGUCUGGGAGGCUAAAUCCAAGGCUACUGAGAGGAAUUGGAAGAAGAGGAAAGAAGAAGAAAUGAUUUGCAAAAUAUGUGGAGAAUCGGGUCACUUUACUCAGGGUUGCCCCUCCACUCUUGGAGCAAAUCGCAAGUCUCAAGAUUUUUUUGAAAGGGUACCCGCUAGAGACCCACAUGCCAGAGCACUUUUCACCGAGAAAGUUAUUCAGAGGAUCGAGAAAGAUAUUGGUUGCAAAAUCAAAAUGGACGAGAAGUUUAUAAUUGUUAGUGGUAAGGAUAGGUUAAUAUUGAAAAAGGGUGUGGAUGCUGUACACAAAGUAAAGGAUGAAAGUGAUCAAAGGGGCUCUUCUAGUUCUCGCAUGAGCAGAUCAAGGUCACCUGAGCGAAGUCCUGUUGGUGCACGGUUGCGACGUCCUGAAUCACAAAGGGCUCAUUCAGGACCACAUAACUCACUACACUUCCAACAACGAUUUGGUAGGCAAGAUAAGGCUGUGGAAGACCGUGUACUUGAGGAUCUACGGAAAAUUUCUAGAGAUUCUCCGCAAGCUUAUGGUAAUGAUGGAGCUAGAAGUCGCUCGAGCCACUCUAAAUCCCCAGGCCGUUUGCCUUAUGGUGGCAACUCAUUUAAUUCCUACGAUGGUCAUAAUCGAAACAUGGGAGCUUAUAGAACUGAGGGAUGGGAUACUGAGAGACGGGGAUCUGAUUUGCAAUCUGGCAAUCAGUUUGAAUACCAUGCCUUCCCUCAAACGUUAGAUGAGUUGGAGUUGGAAUUUAAGAGAGAGGCAAUGGAACUUGGAAGAAUUCGUGAUAAGGAAGAAGAUGAAGAGAAUUAUAAGCAUCGGGAGACUAUCAAGGAGAUGAGAGAGAACUACAUCAAGAAAUCAGCUAUAUUGAGGGACACACAUGCAAAACAGUGGGAAGAGUUUCUUCAAUUUGAUGCCCAAAGGCGUCAGCAACAGGCACGGCAACAAAUGUCUGCUUCAAGCUUUGGUGCUUAUAAACAGCAGGGUUAUUCUGAAUACGAUGGCCCGUCUGUCCAUGCUCAUUACGCUGGAGCUGGUCUACCAAUGGAUUCUAGGGGCAGGUACCCAAAUCCUAUGGAAAAUUAUUCCUCUAGGCUUCAUGACUCUUAUGGUGAAUUUCAACGUCAGAGGCGUGAAGAUUUUGGGAAAGCUUACAAUCGGUACUAAAUCAAUAUAACAGGCUUGAUUAGGGUCAAUCAGAUCUUGGUCGGUUAGGGAGUAAAAGAUUGGUGAGCUCAAGUCUAGGUAAGUAGGUUCUGUAUCAGAGUUGAGAAGGGAACACUACUACUCUUUUAAUGUUUUCAUUGCAGUUUGUUCCAAAUUCAAAUAUUAUAAUUUGGCUCUGUCCAGAACUUCAUUGAAGAAUAUCAGACGCAGUUUUGGAUUUUUAGUUAAGAGUAGUAAUAUUUGGAAAUGAACCUUGUCCUGAAUGAUUGUUGAUUUGCAUUAACUAGUGGACUCUACAUUUUAAA